AUGUGGGUCACUGCUCUGAGCAUUCUUCCAAAAUCUUGUUGUGACGAAUUUGGGCCUAUCACUAAUUUACUCCUCGAACAGCAAUACGGCUCUGGUGGAUACUGCGGCGACUCUAUCACCAUCUCGUACCAGGGAAAAUCUACCUCGGCUACCAUUGUGGAUGAGUGCCCUGGUUGCCCCUAUGGAGGUCUCGACCUCUCGCCCAGCCUUUUCAGCUACUUCGCUGACGAGUCUGUCGGUGUGAUCUACGCUGACUGGAGCUUCAACUAG